AUUGCGCGUUGGGCAGUGCCAUUAGGUCGGAGAGAUGGAUUGGUGUCACGUGCAGCUGAUACUAUAAAUCUGCCAGCUUUCAAUGACCCCGUUGAUGUCCAAAUCAGGAAGUUUGCUGAGAAAGGUCUUAACACCCAAGAUCUGGUUACCCUUUCUCGAGCACAUACACUUGGAACAGGAGCGUGUUUAGUGUUCAGCUACAGGCUAUACAACUUCAACAACACCAAUGGUCCCGACCCGUCUAUUGACCCUGCAUUCCUUACCACGCUCAGAAAUCUGUGCCCCAACGGAGGUGAUAAUAGAAGGCGUGUGGCUCUUGAUACUGGUAGCGAAAACAGAUUUGACACUUCAUACUUUGCAAACUUGAGGAGCGGGCGAGGAGUACGUGAAUCUGAUCAACUGCUGUGGGGAAACCCUACAACACGAACAAUUGCACAACGGUUUCUUGGAGUUAGUGGACUAGUUGGAUUGACCUUCAAUGUUGAGUUUGCGAGAUCAAUGGUGAGGAUGGGUAAUGUUGAAGUGAAAACAGGAACUCAAGGAGAAAUUCGUAGGGUUUGCAGCGCAUUUAAUUGAUCAAUGGCAGAUCUAAGUGGGAAU